AUCACUCGAUUAACACAGCUGCCGUUGAUAAUCAUUUGCAAAAAUGAUGCGCAUUAAUUAUGGAGAUCUGGAGAAAUCCGGGAUUGCAUCGAAGUACUCAAUGCAAGUACCACCGGAGAGGCAAAAUCAACCGCAAGUGUGUUUGAUUCGAGUCCCAUUCUUUUCUAUGCUUCAUGUUGAUUCCGGGCCUGUUACGGUAUUUCAACCUUUCAAAAGUCCAGUAGAAGGGCAUUUACCAGGAGUCAGUGAAUUGGCAAAGAGAAAAACACUAGGAUGUAGGAUACGCAACCUUGGAAGACCGUUAAAUUUAUUACAUUCGCCAGUUGGAGCAGCCAAACCAACAGAGGCUGAUGAUUCAUCGCUACCACCUGUAAAUCCAUUAGUAUUAUAUACAUCACCAGAAGAUGCUGAAGUACAAGUUAAAAUUGAAGUUGAUCCCAUGCUAUCCAGAUUUUUAAGAGACCAUCAAAGGCAGGGUGUUCAGUUUGUAUUUGACUGUUUAAUGGGCCUGAAAGAAUUUAAUGGCCAGGGAUGCAUUCUGGCAGAUGAUAUGGGUCUGGGAAAGACAUUGCAAAGUAUCACGGUCAUGUGGACUCUACUCAACAAUGGACUUAAUGGCAAACCGGCCGCAAGAAAAUGUGCUAUUGUAUGCCCAGCCAGUUUAGUAAAUAACUGGGAAAGUGAAAUCAAAAAAUGGCUUAAAGGCAAAUGUCCCUGUACCGCAGUAGCGGAAGGGGUAAAGGAAAAAGUGGUAUCGAAAUUUACAGGAUUCAAAUAUGAUCGCCAGUCGAAUGUGAUUAUAUCAUCUUAUGAGACAUUCAGACUACAUGCCAAGAAACUAGAAGGAGUGCCUAUAGACCUAGUCAUAUGCGAUGAAGCCCACAGACUCAAAAAUGAUAAAACGUUGACAUCCGUGGCUAUACAAAAUCUACCAGCUAAAAUGAGGUUAAUGUUAAGUGGAACACCAAUACAAAAUGAUUUAAACGAGUUCUACGCAUUGGUGUCUCUGUGUAACCCAAACGUAUUGGGUGAUAUUUCAAAUUUCAGAAAGCACUAUGCUAACCCAAUCUUGUUAGGUAGGGAGCCUGAUGCUACUAAAGCGCAACAAGAGAUAGCUGCAGAGCGACUUGCUGAUUUAUCGUAUAUUACUAACCAAUUUGUUCUGCGACGUACAAACACGCUACUAAGCAAAGUACUGCCACCGAAGAUCAAUAUGAACGUCUUCUGCAAUCUGACGGAAACCCAAAAGAUCAUAUACACCAGCUAUACAAAUUCAGCGUCCUGCAGGAAGUUGAUUAACAGUGGAGAAGUAGUAAUGACAAAAUCACUGGGUGUUAUCCUUUCUUUAAUGAAGGUAUGUAACCACCCAGGGUUGAUUAAACCGUCACCAUCUAAAAAACCAACAAAAGCCGAUGAAUUGAUCAAGGAGAUUCAUGCAAACUACAACACAUUGCAAAAGAACAGAUCAUGUUAUCCGGAGCUCUCUGCUAAAACAUUAGUGCUAUUCAGGUUACUACACAACAUACGGAGGACAACAUCGGAUAGAAUUGUUAUAAUCAGCAACUAUACGCAAACAUUGGAUGUAUUUGAAAGGAUGUGCAAACAGUGCAAUUACCCCUGCGUCAGAUUGGAUGGUACACUAUCGAUCAAAAAACGCCAUAAACUUGUUACUACAUUCAAUGACCCGAACUCACAUAGCUUCGCUUUUCUGCUAAGUUCAAAAGCUGGAGGAUGUGGUAUCAAUCUUAUCGGAGCAAAUAGGCUAGUGCUUUUUGACCCGGAUUGGAAUCCAGCCAACGAUAAACAAGCAUUAGCCAGAGUGUGGCGUGAUGGCCAACGAAAAACAUGCUACAUAUACAGAUUCUUUAGCACUGGAACUAUAGAAGAAAAAAUAUACCAGCGCCAAAUAUGUAAAGAUGGACUAAGUGCCAUGUUAGUGACAGAUGGUGAAAAUGAAAUAAAGGACAGCCUUAGCGGCGAAUACCUCAGAAAUCUUUUCGAAUUUAAAGAGGACACAAUAUCGGAUACACAUGACUCUUUGUCAUGCACAAGGUGUAACGAAACCACAGGUCAUGUACCACAAACAGCAGAUUUCGUAGAAGACGAUCUGCUGACAUGGGCUCACCAUACAGAUUUAAACACACUGCCAGAUCCAUGCCUUAAGAGCGCAAUUUUUGAAAAUAAUCCACCCGUGCAAACAGAUGAAGGAUAUACACCGGUCUCAUUUGUCAUGAGCUGCCUAGUGGAGUUUAAAGAAUCGCAAACACCUCAACAACGGCCUGUAAAUACAGAACCAGCUGUUAAACCUCAACCCUUGAAAGAGUCAAAUUCUCAAGAAAAUAAACGAAAUGCGACAACCAAUAAUAAAAAGGCUUCGCAGAAACGGAAAAUUGAUACUUCAGCUGACGAUGAAGAAUCCAUGGAUUCAGACGAUGGCUUUCUUGUAGAUGAUAUGGAAGAUGAAGAAGAGGAGUUCCAGGAUGAAAUGUCAGCUGAGGAAUCAGAUGAUAUGUCCUAAGUCCGCUUAGUGUUUAUAUCAAACAUAAAUGCGUUCAUU